AUGGCAGCGGCCAUCGCCAGCGGUUUAAUCCGGCAGAAGCGACAGGCGAGAGAGCAACACGCCCACCGACCGACUACUCACCGGCGGCGGAAGAGCCCCGGUAAGAAGCAGGGGCUGUGCAACGGUAACCUGGUCGACAUCUUCUCCAAAGUCCGGAUAUUUGGCUUGAAGAAGAGGAGGCUACGGAGACAAGAACCACAGCUGAAGGGCAUAGUGACCAGGUUGUUCUGCAGGCAGGGCUUCUAUCUCCAGAUGGGCCAGGAUGGAAGUCUGGACGGGACCAAAGACGACAGCACCAACUCCUCUCUGUUCAACUUAAUUCCUGUGGGUCUGAGAGUCGUGGCCAUCCAAUCAGUCAAGACUGGCCUCUACAUCGCCAUGAACGGAGAGGGUCACCUCUACUCAUCGGAACUGUUUACAGCUGAGUGUAAGUUCAAGGAGUCGGUGUUCGAGAACUACUAUGUGAUCUACAGCUCUAUGCUCUACAGACAGAAGGAGUCGGGCCGGGCCUGGUUUCUGGGCCUCAAUAAAGAGGGACAGGCCAUGAAGGGCAACAGGGUCAAAAAGACCAAACCAGCUGCACACUUCCUGCCUAAACCUAUAGAAGUUGCGAUGUACCGAGAGCCUUCGUUGCACGACGUAGGGGAGGCGGUGCCUAAACUCGCCGGGGGCCCGCCUUCCAAAAGCACAACCAGCGAACCAGUGGUCAUGAACGGCGGCAAACCAGUCAACAAACCCGACAAGGAGGAGACAUAACCCCGCCCCACUUUUCACCCUCCCCCUGGCCAACCAGAGGCCAGGAAAAGCCAGAGACUUGCCCCGCUGCUGCGCUCUCAAAAAACUAAACUGCAACAAAAGGUAACCAAACAAACAAGUUCUGACUGGUCAGCAGCGGGGCUGCACAUCCCGCCUCACCUCUCUCCCUGUUGGACGGAUCCGGUGUUGUGGGGCAGAGCGCUGCAGCUGGUGGCGGGGGGAAGAGGAGGAUGAAGACCGAAAAGUCGGGCCAAUGCCAGCCAGAUAUUUUGGAACUGGGACAGCCCUCAUGUGGGAGUCAAAAUGACUUAAAAAUAUAAACAAAACAAAGAAAAAACAGGAAAAAAAUGUCGUCUUCACCGGUAAUUUUCUGUGACAAUCUGUAAGAAUGAGGCCCCUUUUUUUCCUCUCCUGAUAGUACUGUUUUCUGUUGCCAGGUAUGCUUGCUUGAUGGUGGCUUCACAUAAACAUUCACUCACAAACACACAUGCACACAACUCCCACCCAAAAUCGACCACUUGGAUUCGAUCUUUGAGUAAAUAAAGAACAGAUUAAAGCAAACAUCGGGCAAAGAGAACGCUUUAAAUACCAAACACCGAUGAUUCAGAGGAUGCUUAGUCAUCGAUCAAUUAAGAUUUGGAGCAGGACCUUCUGUCCUCAGCUCAUAAUGAAAUGCACUUGAAAACGUCCCUGUGCGAUUCAUACAAGGCAACCCAUCGUAUGACCUGUCUCUAAUUUUGAUCAAACACUAUAUAGCUGUUAAAAAGAGAGAGUUCUUAUUUGGCACCACAUAACUUAAAGCAUGUUUGUCUUUUUCAGUAUGCUUUUAUUAUCUCUAUUGUCAGGUGGUUUAUUAUUCUGCACACACUGAGCACUAGUGAUAACC